GAACUCACAAAACAUUACAUCAAAAUCAGCCGUGAUAAACAAGAAAAUUGCAGCUUCUGAAUUAAACACAAAUUUUUUUAAAUUAUCAUAAUGAAAGACACAAAGCUCUGCCCCCAAUUAAAUCAAUGAAAACUCUUGGACUUCGACUGUCGUUAUUGUUGUUGCUGUCUGCUCGAAUGUCAAUUGGUCACUACAACAACAACAACACGCUCAACCAUUUGCAGCCCUUCCCGCCGCUUAAGAAUGACAAUUUGCUGCGCGCUGCACGCGGCGAAGUUGUGGAUCGUGUGCCCGUGUGGGUGAUGCGUCAGGCUGGACGCUAUUUGCCCGAGUUCCAGGAACUGCGCAAGCAGCAUGACUUCUUUACGGUCUGCCGCACUCCGGAGCUGGCCUGCGAGGUGACGAUGCAGCCACUGCGACGCUUUGACUUGGACGCCUCCAUUAUAUUCUCGGAUAUAUUGGUUAUACCACAAGCACUUGGCCUGACGGUAGAAAUGCAUGCCGGUGUGGGACCUGUUCUACCCCAGCCCAUUGUUACUCCCGAGGAUCUGAAGCGUCUGACACCCGAUGGAGCUCUGUCGCGUCUGACUUACGUGGGCGAUGCCAUUACCAUGAUGCGACACAAACUAGAGGGACGCGUGCCACUAAUUGGCUUUACUGGUGCUCCCUGGACACUCAUGGGCUAUAUGAUCGAGGGAGGCGGCAGCAAGACCAUGUCCAAGGCCAAGGCCUGGCUUACAGACUAUCCCGAGGACACAAAGCUUUUCCUCAAUCUGCUCACAGAUGUCAUUGUGGAUUAUCUGGAGAUGCAGGUCGUGGCUGGCGCACAAAUGUUGCAGAUAUUUGAGUCAUCCGCCGAGCAUUUGUCCAAGGAGGAGUUUCUGGUGUGGGGAGCUCCCUACUUGCGUCGCAUACGCGAUGAUCUAGUGGAACGCCUCACCAAGAAAGUAAUCCCACUGGUGCCCCUUACUCUCUUUGCCAAGGGUGCUGGUCAUUCCCUGAAGGAACAAAGUGAGCUGGGCUAUGAUGUUCUAGGUCUCGACUGGACUGUAGAUCCCGUUGAGGCGCGUACUCAGGUUGGGCCGAAUAUAACACUGCAGGGCAAUCUGGAUCCACAGGAUAUGUACCGUGAUCCCAGCGAGCUGCGCACGCUCACCACUGAAAUGGUCCACAAAUUUGGAAAGUCACGCUACAUUGCAAAUUUGGGACAUGGAAUAACGCCACAAACGCCCAUCACUAGCAUGGAGGUGCUUGUCGACUCGGUUCAUAAGGCAUUGUAGAUAACGAUGUCACUUGAUUGAAAUGUUUUCUAUCUUGUAUUUAUGUAAUAAAGACAAUUUAGCCUUGGGUUAGGGUAAAAUCUUAGAAAGAUUAGAAAAAAAGUAAUAAAGCCAGAGUGAAUAUCUGAAUUCAAAUUU